AUGCCCGUAGAACUGGGUGCGUAUGUUAGGCAAGACCUCGACGAGGAGCUGCUGCAGGACAUCAAGGCCACGGGCGCUCGGACGAAACCCGCCAGAGAGACAGGAGGAAACACAGAUGCGGCGAGCUUGACUCGUGGAUGUCGCAUCUACCUACCGGUCCAUGUCGAAGGAGCAAACUUGUCCGUUGGAGAUCUCCAUUUCUCCCUGGGCGACGGCGAGCCUACCUGCGCCAUUGAAAUGGCCGGCAUAGCGACCCUUCGAUGCUCGAUUGUACAUGACGGCAUCCAGAAGCUAGGUUUGAAGAGUCCCAUUGUCAUUUCCAGCCCAGCCGAACCGCUGUAUCGCAAGCAAGUCGUGUUUCACGGCCUGUCGGUCGACAAGGAUGGGGUUCAGCACCGAAGCGACCUUACUACUUCCUACAUUCAGGCCGCCUCUCAUGCCAUGGGAUAUCUGGAAAAGUUCGGCUUCUCGCACGAGCAGGCGUACAUGCUGCUCGCUACUGCACCCAUCGAAAGCCGCAUCCUAGCCACGGCCAACAUUCCGACUGCAAACGUUUCCUUGGGUGUCCCUGUAGACAUGUUUAACUUCGACAUCAUGCCCAAUGAGGAAGGCCCCAAACCAGGCGACCGUGGGAGUGCUGCAUACCUCAGUCUUCAGCGCGAAGAGAAGUAUCUGUCUGAAACAGUGGCGGAGCCUUCGCCAUUCGCUCGAGACGCAUAG